AAUCCGCAAAAUAAUAAAUUGGCAAUUUGUUGUCCUGCUCCACUAUUGUGGCACAGACAAGAAGAGAUAAAUCUGUUAUAUGUAUUUUCAUCUGACAACAUUGUUAUGAAAUUUUAACCUGUUCCAAGGCAAUUAGAAUUAGAAAUAAGGUCAAUGUCACAGAGUCAAUGUGUAAAAGAUAUUUCUAAACAAUUAGGCAAAGUAGUAUUGAGUUAAAUUCAAGUAGUUUGCCAGUUCCCCAGUCUGCCUUAGUAGUAAAUCAGAAGAAAUGCUCUGCAUGUGUUCGCCAUCUAUCACGAUAUGAUAGCGACAAGGGUUUGCCAAAGAUUUAAAAAAGUUGUUAAUAUAUCUAAUAGUAAACGUGUAAAGGUGAUGUUCAAUAGUGGAAAACAGGAGAUAAAAUGUUAUUCUUCAACUAUCAGUGAUUCAACAAGGAGUAAAGGAUUUGCCCACAACUACUUCAGAUUUACUGAUUAUGACUGCUUGGGAUUCGAUUUAGAUAACACCUUGGCUAGAUAUAAAGUAGGUGCUAUGAUAGAGAUGGAGUAUGAUAUUUUAGCCAACUUUCUGGUUGACAACAAAGGCUAUUCAGCGAAACAUUUGCUUAAACCUUUAGACCAUAAUUUCAUCAUUAAGGGCUUGAUUGUUGAUGAUGAAAAUGGCAAUUUGCUAAGAAUUUCUGGAGAUGGAACAAUCAUUCAAGCUACACAUGGUACAAAAAUCUUGACACAACAGGAAGUAAAAUCCUACUAUCCCAAUCUUCGAUGGAGAGCAACCGACUUGUUCGCUGAAGAUCCUCUGCAAACGUGGAAUGGGCCCUAUUCCGAAAAAAUGCGCACCCUAUUAGACUAUUAUGAUGUAAUAGUGAGUUUAAUAUUUGCCCGAGCAGUGAACUCGAUUGAUGAAGAUAAUUCUGAUAGAAAACUGUACAAUAUUUGGCCUGAUCUGCUAGCAGCAUUACAAGACAUGUUCACAAGAGAACAUUUUCAAAAUGAAAAAGGAAAGUAUUUUGCAGAAAUAAAGGCAAAUCCACACACGUAUUAUUAUAAAUGCAGCAAUCAUCUUAUCAGAUGGUUAAAUGAUCUUAAAGCCAAAGGAAAAAUAUUGUUCCUAAUUACGGGGUCCUAUGUGGAUUUUGCUACACACACCGCCAGCCAUACAAUAGGAGAAAACUGGAGAGAUAUGUUUGAUAUUGUGAUAAGCUAUGCCAAAAAACCAGGCUUUUUCACUGACCACAAGGACUUCAUUUCUUUAGAUGGUUUCAAAGAAGGAGAAGCGUUGAAAAUUGACGAUUUGAAAUUAGGAGGAAUUUACACACAAGGCAAUUGGAAUGACUUAAAGACAUUUUUGGAAACCCAUAGUAAACUUUCGAAUCCUAGAUUUCUUUAUAUAGGAGACAAUUUAGUUCAAGAUAUUUACACACCACAUGUAUAUGCUGGGUGUGAUACAGUUACGGUUUGCGAGGAAUUGGAAGCUGAAGGUGUCUACGGACAUGAAAAAUGGCAUCCCGAUGAGCAAUUUCUUUGUUCAACUGUUUGGGGAUCGUAUUUCAAAUCCAAAGACACAGGGCAAAUGACCAACUGGUAUGAUAUUAUGAAAAAGCACUCAAAAUUCUUCGUCCCCAGUCUCGAAUAUGUUGCCACCUUCCCAGUGGAUCAUCAAUUUAAAAUUGAUAUAUAUUAAAAGAAUAUGCAUUCAAAUAAAUUGUUAAAUGUUAAAUAACUUUAUUUGUGUAAUUGAGCGCACCCGUUUUCACCUGCACCUGUCGACAGUUAUGUGCCCAUAUUAUCUUCUUACUUUAGCUGAAUUUGUAUAUUUUUAAAUUGAUAGAGCUUUUAAUGCUUGACAUUUUAUUGUUAAACCGUUACUUAAAUUACUUUAAUAAAACCAACGUUUUUAAAUGUC